CUUAUCGAUAAGUAGCUUUAAUUACGUAACGUCAGGUACUUACAUGUACCUAGGUACCUAGGUACGCUAACUUUCUGUUAUCAUAGCGGGUUGACCCACUAUAACAGCUUUAUCGGGCGCGGAAUAGCUGUCGUGACAACGCUGUGACGCAGGCGUAAUAAGGUCUCGGCAGGUACCCGGACGGUCAACAGCUAAUAGAUGGGUUUCUGCCGUAUGAAACGCUGACAACUCACACCUUGUACAAUACAUCUCUACCUCACUUUACUUUAAAUAGGUGCCUAGCUAUAAGGUUACCUCUUACAUAUGCCCGAGUCCUUCAUUGUUUGAUGGAUUAUGGGGCCAUGAACAUUAAAUUUAUUAUUUGAUUUCAAUUUAAAAUAUUUCAUAAAUCCAAAAUGAUACCAAGGAUUAUCCUUCUUUCGUCACUGGCGACGGUCGCCAGGGCCUCUCAGCCUGGAGCUCCCGCGCCGGUCGCUGCUCCGAUGCGAGACCUGGAAUGGGGACAACUAAACUUCAUACACACCACGGAUAUACACGGCUGGCUUGGGGGACACUUACAAGAACCACAGUAUUCUGCCGACUGGGGUGACUACAUCUCUUUCACGAGCCACAUGCGAAAGAAAGCCGACGAAAAGGGCGUCGACCUCCUAGUCAUCGACACCGGUGACCGGAUAGAAGGAAAUGGGCUCUACGAUGCAUCGGAUCCGAAAGGCAAAUACACUUCCGACAUCUUCGGCUCGCAAAUCAUCGACGCCCUCUGCACCGGUAACCACGAGCUAUACCAAGAAUCAUCCGUCGAUCGAGAGCACAACACGACAGUCCCUCACUUCAAACACUCCUACAUCGCAUCCAACCUCGACUACAUCGAACCCGAAACCGGGAACCAAAUCCCACAAGCGCAGCGGUACAUCAAAUUCACGACCAAGAACCUCGGAUACAAUGUCGUGGCGCUGGGUUUCCUAUUCGACUUCGACCGCAAUGCGAACAACAGCGUCGUACAAAAAGUCGAGGAUGCUAUGAAGGAAGACUGGUUCCAGGCUGCGAUCCGGGAGAAGGCGGAUCUGUUCCUGGUAAUCGGGCAUGUGGGCCUGCGCAUGAAGGAGUUCGAGCAGAUCUUCAAGGUUAUCCGUGACCAGAAUUGGUACACCCCAAUUGCGUUCCUGGGCGGACAUGCGCAUGUGCGCGACGCGAGGAAGUUCGAUGAUAAUGCGUUUGCGAUUGCGAGUGGACGAUACUUCGAGACGAUUGGUUGGAUGUCGGUCGAUGGCAUCAAGAAGAAGGCUGGUAGCGACCCUUCGACACAGGCUGCGGUUACGUUUCGACGAAGGUAUAUCGAUAAUAACUUGUUCGGGCUACACUACCACACCGGCCUCAACGAGACUACUUUCCCCACUAAACACGGCCGCAACGUCACUAAGCUCAUCACCGAGAGCCGCAAGGCUCUCAACUUGGACGAUUCUUUCGGCUGUGCCCCGCAGGAUCUAUGGAUGAGCCGAGCCCCGUACCCAAGCGACGGCAGCAUAUUCAGCUGGCUCGAGACACAAGUCCUACCCGACUCGGUUACCAACGAGGAACGCAAGGAUGUGCCGCGACUCGCGAUCGUGAAUACUGGAGCUAUCCGCUUCGAUAUCUUCAAGGGCGCGUUUACCAAGGAUUCAACUUAUCUGAUCUCGCCUUUCGUUAGCAAGUUCAAUUAUAUCGCCGAUGUGCCUUAUGGUGUUGCGGCGAAAGUCAUUGACUUAUUGAAUAACGGAGGCCAAGUCUUUGGUGGUGGAGCGCUGGAUACGAGAUACCUCACAAUCCCCGAACAGAUGGCGCCGAGCGAGUUUCUUGAGGCGGAGAUCGCUGGUAACGUCUCGACCGCAGAUGAUGAUGAGACGUCAAUGUUCGUAGAAAGCGGCAAUGUGGCCCAGAAGCCUCUAGGUGGUAGUACAAAUAAGAACCAAGGCACCUUUGGACCCAAAGGCGGCGACGAACCCGAACUCGUCGGCGGCUACACAACCCGCGACGACCUAGGCGAUGACGGCGACGACGCCGUACACUCCCCCAUCAAAUUCUACGCUGUCCCCAAUUGUAUCCAAUCCAAGAUCAAAUUCCCCGCUGCCGACCCCUCAUCCGGACAAGCCCAAGACCCUGAAACCGUGGACUUGGUAUUUGUGGACUAUGUCCAACCCUGGAUAAUCACAGCGUUGAAAUUCAGCGGUGGUGAUUAUGGAACCGAUGAUAUCAAAGUAUACUCGAAUAGCACACUGACGGAUAUUAUCGCCGGUUGGACUAAAGGACAUUGGGGCAAGGAUUGUUAAGUUGGUGUGGAUGUAUGAGAAAUGAAAUGAAGCGCUCUAAAUUGUAAACUUGAAUUGAAUUGACAAUGACAUGGCUCGGUUCAAUAUGUAUUGAUUAUGGGGUUUGGGUACGGACUGGGAUUGGAUUAUUACACGGUAGCGAAAGUUCGAAUCGAACAAAUAUGAUUAUCAACCACUAAGUGGUUUAGAAGAACGGACCGAGAUACGCAUUAGAAUU